ACACUCGUUAGCGAGGUUCCCUCGUAUUGCGACACGAAAUCUAUAAAUGUUAUAUCGUUAAAUAUAUUAAUUUUAAGUUUUUGUGUACUUUUCAUCAAAUAACAACAAGAUAACAGAAAAGAAAGCCAGCAAAAUGACUUUCCUGGAAGACCGAGAUUUGGAUGGUGUUCCGACUAUACCAGAAUACUACAGGGGGAAGACUAUAUUUAUUACCGGAGGCACAGGUUUCAUGGGCAAAGUGUUGUUGGAAAAGCUGCUGUAUUCCUGCAGUGAUCUGGACAGGAUCUACUUACUUCUGAGACCCAAGAAGGGUGUGAAGCCUGAAAAUAGGCUGGCCGCUUUAUACGCCUCCCCAUGCUAUGACCGACUCCGCAGAGAAAGACCAGGAGUUUUCGAGUCUAAGGUGUACUUCGUAGCGGGAGAUUGCAGCGAAAUUGGACUAGGUUUAUCAGAAGAGGAUCGCACUCUGAUAGUGAAUAGAACUCAAAUUAUCUUCCACGUUGCAGCUAGCGUUAGAUUUGAUGAUCCUUUGAAAGUAGCAGCUAAUCUAAAUCUCAGAGGCACGAGGGAAAUGAUAGAAUUAGCUAAAGAAGUGCAAAAUCUAGAAUGCUUCGUCCACGUAUCGACGACUUACUGUAACACCAACCGAGAUCCUAUAGAGGAGAUCUUGUAUCCUCCUCUAGCGGACUGGAGAGAGACGCUGGAGAUAUGCGAAAGCCUGGAUGACAAAACUGUGAACAUUUUGUCGCCAAAAUAUCUCGGCGAGAUGCCCAAUACUUACGUGUUCACGAAGCAGUUGGCGGAGCACGUGGUGAACGAACAGAGAGGGAAACUGCCCAUCGUCAUCAUCAGGCCGUCUGUUGUAAUAUCGAGCUACGAAGAGCCGAUGCCUGGAUGGAUUGAAAACUUUAAUGGGCCGGUCGGCAUUUUAGUUGCUAGUGGAAAAGGUAUUCUUCGCACUCUGUAUUGCAAUCCUGUGGUCACUGCGGACUACAUACCGGUGGACGUGGCUAUCAGGGGUUUCAUAGCAGCGUCGUGGAUCAGAGGGACCAAGAAGUUUGAACCGAUGGACGAUAUUCCGAUCUACCACAGCUGUGCCAGUUCGUUGAACCAAAUAACCACGGGGGAAAUAUUUGAUGUAGGCCACAAAAUCAUUGCCACGUACCCCUUGGACGAUAUUAUCAUGGGAGGCGGCGGCUCUAUAACUGACUCUAAGUUUAUUUAUUCUACUAAGGUAAUAUUGCUACAUGUUCUACCGGCGCUAUUGAUUGAUACCUUACUGUGGAUAUGCGGAAAGAAAACAAUGGUUCUCAAAAUCCAACGCCGCAUAUAUUCGGCAAACUGCGCAUUGGCGUACUAUCUCACCCAGCAAUGGUCGUUCUCCAACCAGAACUUCAUUUAUCUCCGAUCAAAGUUAAAGGAUGAGGAUAAAGAACAGUUCUAUUAUGAAAUUAAGAAAAUAGACAGACAAGAGUUCUAUAAACACUCUUGUAUAGGCGCGAGGCGGUAUCUGUUGAAAGAAAAGGAUGAGGACUUGCCUAAAGCUAGGGCACAUUACAACAGAGUCAUGCUGUUUGACAAACUGAUUACCUGUUUAUUCUAUGGCUGCCUACUCUGGUGGGUCCUACGCAGUCAGUUCCUAAGCAAUGUCAUCGAUAAAUUCUUGUAAUAAAUUAUUUAAUAAUA